AUGCCCCCCGGUGGACUCCCGGCCAGCCUGGUCGCAGGCAAGCCGACCCCCACCGUCAACACCUCGGGCUAUGGAAGUAGCUACCAGAAAAACACACCUACCUCCCCUGAGGAUAGUCUGAUUCCAUUCGAAUCACCUUCCACCCGGACCGCUGGAAACCACAGCCCUUUGAGCCCGGAAGACCGGUCCCCGCGGGGCCUUGAACCCGAUCAACCGGGUUUCCGGGACCGAUCUAAUGUGAGAGAUAGAUCGCGCCCAAAUGGGCGACCUCACAACAAGUCUCCAGGCUCCUCCCGUGUCUGUCAAAAGUGUAACGAGCCCUUAACGGGGCAGUUUGUGCGCGCAUUGGGUGGCACAUUCCACCUGGAGUGUUUCAAGUGCCAGGAUUGUGGUGAAAUUGUUGCCUCCAAGUUCUUCCCCGUUGACUCGGAUGACGGAUCCUGCCAAUUUCCCCUCUGCGAGACGGACUAUUUCCGGCGAUUGAACCUUCUGUGCCACGAGUGUGGUGGUGCUCUCCGUGGCUCCUACAUUACAGCCUUAGAUCGCAAGUACCACAUUGAGCAUUUCACCUGCUCCGUGUGCCCAACGGUCUUCGGUGCACAGGACUCCUACUAUGAACACGAGGGCAAGGUCUACUGCCAUUUCCACUAUUCGACCCAGUUUGCACAGCGGUGCCAUGGAUGUCAUACCGCCAUUCUCAAGCAAUUUGUCGAGAUCUUCCGUAAUGGCCAAAACCAACACUGGCACCCCGAGUGUUACAUGAUCCACAAGUUUUGGAAUGUUCGGCUAUCACCCGCUGGUCAGACUUGGGAACCGCCCCCUGUCGACGCCGAUGCAACCCCCGAGGAGCGCGAGAACAUCCGCCGAGAGGAGGAUACGAUGGAAGAGAAGGUCUACAACAUCUGGAGCACUCUCUCCACUUUUGAAGAGUCAUCUGCCGCGUGUAUCUCUGACAUGCUGCUACACGUUAGCAAUGGAGCAUACAUCGAUGGCGUGAUCGUGGCUAAGCGAUUCAUUGCUCACGUUCAAAUCCUCUUCGCCGCAGUCGACGAACUGGCAGUGUACAUCAAAUCUCACGGCGUCAAGGAUCUAUCAUAUGGUCGUGAAGCUAAACUGCUUUGCAAGAAAAUCGUCGCAUUCUUUGCUCUUCUCUCCAAGACUCAAGAGGCCGGUGUUCGCAAGCUUGGUGUUACCCAGGAGCUGCUUUCGCUAGUGACCGGUCUGGCUCAUUAUCUCAAACUUCUCAUCAGGAUCGGUCUCCAGGGUGCUUUGAAGCUUGAGCGAGACAAGUCUGCACCGGACGGCUUACACAACUUCCUCGCACAUCUGGCCGACCAAGAAUCCCUCGCCCCACCCGAGGACGAGACUGCGCCCAUUGAUCUAAAUGCCGGCGUUGAGGGUCUAGCCGACCAGCUUUCCGAUUGCUGUAUCGCAUGCAAGGAGCCCAUUGACGAUGAAUGUGUCCGUCACGGAGAAAACCGCUGGCACUUGAAACCUCCUCACCUGGCAUGCUCAUCGUGUGAGAAAGACUUGACUUUUGAUCUUCCGGAUGCACUGUGGAGUGAGAGCGCAAAGCGCACGUUCUGCUCAGCAUGUGCUGACCAUCAUAACCUCGGUCCGGAUGCGCAAGCCGGAUUCAUCCAAGUCACCAAGUUGCAGCAGUUUGUUUUCCUGUUAAGAGUUGCUCUUGCUCGGCUUCUGGCAGUUCUUCGCGCUGGUGGGACCCUGCCUUCUACAUCUGAUGAUCCCAACGUUGAGGGCAAUGAGAACAAGGAUGGCUACCGUGUGCAACCCGGUGAUGUUCGCCGAUCUAAUACCCUUUCUAUGGCCCGUGGCGGUGCUCGCGGUGGCUUCGAAGAGUCGUCCCUGGAGCAGACUGUGGGUGAGAUGCGUCGCUUGCGUUCCCUCCGUAAUGAGCGCACCCUGUCAACGACAUACAAGAAAGCCCGCGCGUCUCGAAUCAUCGAUGGCCCGGAGGGCCGGAGUGUGAGGCCAGGUUCUUCUGGUUACGAUGGCGGUGACCCUCGUGGACCCGGCUUCCAGAUCGUCGAAGAACGGGAUGCGAAUGGCGAAACAGUGAAAGAUCUGACUUUCGGUGCUCAAGAUGCCCUCACUUUGGACGAUAUUCCGCGUAUCGUCGCAGCUGAACAAGCUAAGGAGCAGCGGCCCAACGCGUACCGACAUGCUGGUUCUAAGCUCGUGGGAACCAUGGAAGGAAUGCCUACUUACAAGCCGGGACACGCACGCGAGAUGUCCAAGAAUCAGCUGGAAAUGCUUGUGGAGUCUUCGACCCGUGGCAAGCGCUAUUUCUCAGAACUUACGGCAUUGGAAUACUUCAUUGUUCGUCACGUUGCUGUCUUGUCUAUGGAGCCGUUGCUGGACGGACAGUUCAGUAUGGAAGAGCUGCUCUCGUUGAUCGAAUCUCGAAAGCCUACCAUCUGGAACAUAUUCGGCCGCGCCUUCAAGGAUGAAAAGAAAAAGGGCAAGAAGAAGGGAGUCUUUGGAGUUUCACUCGACUAUCUGGUCGAGAAGGAGGGUACCGAGUCUGGGCACGGUGUUGGCCCCGGCGCCUUGCGGAUUCCAGCACUCGUAGAUGAUGCCGUUUCCGCUAUGCGCCAGAUGGACAUGUCGGUUGAGGGUGUCUUCCGGAAGAAUGGCAACAUUCGCCGUCUCAAAGAACUUGCCGAGUUGAUCGAUACAAAGUACGAUCAGGUCGACAUGACGAAGGAGGGUCCUGUGCAAAUCGCAGCACUUUUGAAAAAGUUCCUCCGCGAAAUGCCAGACCCGUUGAUGACUUUCAAGCUGCACCGUCUUUUCGUCGCUUCGCAAAAACUAUCCGACUCCGAGAAGCAGAAGCGAGUCCUACAUUUGACGUGCUGUCUCCUUCCCAAAGCCCAUCGUGAUACGAUGGAGGUUCUGUUCACCUUCCUCAACUGGACAUCAUCCUUCUCGCACAUUGAUGAGGAGUCUGGCAGCAAGAUGGAUAUCCACAAUCUGGCAACUGUCAUCACACCUAACAUUCUUUACCCCAACACCAAGAACGGCACCGUGGACGAGAGUUUCCUGGCCAUUGAAGCAGUCAAUGCACUGAUCACAUACAAUGAUACCAUGUGCGAGAUUCCGGAGGAUCUGCAAACCGUUCUGGGUGAUCCUACUCUUUUCAAGGAGAACUCUGAAGUGACUUCCAAGGACAUCUUGAAGCGAUAUGGUGACAUUGCACGAGGCAGUCUCUCAACGAGACCGGACAAUGGCGGGGAGACGUUUACUAUCAACAAUCAUCGGAAUGCGAGCACCCCGACCUCGGCUCGUAUUGAAACUGAUCCUUCUCAGGACACCGCCUGGCAGAUGCAGAGCUCAGUUCGCCACGUUCCGGGACCCAGUGCUCACUCCCACUCAGCAAGUGCCCAGCCCCAAGCUGGUCUUGACUUUGGGCCUCCUCAAGCUGCGUAUCACCGUGAACGCAGCCAUAGCAACAGCAGCCAACCUGGUUCAGAUGGGCAGCAAGGCCUCCCCUACCGUCCACGACCUAGUGCCGGUGCCAUGGGAGUCACUGGUUAG